AUGAAGAAAUCCCGGAACGGUCAGCAAUCCAACUCAGUAUUCCGUUGUUCCUAUCGUACUUACAUCGACGACUUUUGUGAUGGUGGGAAUGCACCUGAUCGAGAACUGCUUCCUAAACCUGUUCUCCGGUGUCUUCCACUCCGACCUCUCGCCUACCAAGACGAUGUGACCAUCAAUGUUGUCGCCGCCGAAGACCUUUUGCACUGCGGGCUGUGCGUCGACGCAGUCGGGACACCAGGGUGGAGUACCGGAGCUGAAGAAGAUGAGGUAUUGAGCUGCACGCGCUUAUCCAGCGCUCUCGGCCGAAGCCUAGCCCUGCAAGCCAUCCGCUCCGGUUCCAUUCGAGCAACCACUCGUUCAUCACUCGUCCUCAUUCCGGAUCUGCUGUCGAGCAAGGCUCAAGAAACGCAACUCAAGAUGACCACUCGAACCACGCUUACCAAGAGAGACGCGAACACGCUCGCUUCUGACGGUGCGCCUAGCGAGCCCACUGUCAAGCGCGUCAAAACAGCCACUGCGCUCAAAGAGGACGAGUUCGAUACCUCGGAGCAAGAGUUCGACGACGCUGCACUCCUGGCUGCCGCCGAGGAAGCAGAAUCAGCCGCUUCCAACCACGCCUCAUCUCAGCCGGAUCCACCAUCGUUAUCGCAACCAGCUCCCACUACAACCGCAUCCACCUCCUCAACACCGCGAUCCACCCUAAAACAAGCAACGCUCUUCCCCUCGUCAUCUUCCAAAACAUCCAACCCUCCCGCUCCCACACCCAAACUCCAACCGCCCACCGACCUCGCCUCCGAUCCGCUAUGGCUCGAACGUCAAAGCAUGUCCCCCAGCUGGUUCUCGCUCCUCCUCCCCGAGAUGUCCAAGCCGUACUUCUCCGUCGCGCUCAAAAAUUUUCUCUCCGCACAAGACCGCUCCGGCCUGACGACCUACCCACCGCGCUCGCUCAUCUACUCGUGGUCUCGACUCGUCCCCUCGCCGCAGCACGUGCGCAUUGUCGUCGUCGGUCAAGAUCCCUACCACGGACCGGGUCAGGCGUGCGGUCUCUCCUUCAGCGUCCCUCACGGCGUCCGCGUUCCACCGUCACUCAAGAACAUCUACAAGGAGCUAUCCGACGAGUAUCCCAACUUCAAGCCUCCGAGCCACGGAUGUCUGGACGCGUGGGCGAAGCAGGGCGUGUUGAUGCUCAACAGCUGUUUGACCGUGAGUGCGGGUAAGGCGAAUAGUCAUAAUGGUAAAGGGUGGGAGGGGUUGACGAAACACGUGUUGAAGAUGAUCGCGGACGAAGCGGGUGGGAGCGAAAAGGAGGCGGUGAGGGGAAGUAGGAUCGCGAGCAUGUUCAAAAAGGCUGAGCAGAAGGAGAAGGAUGUAAAGGAAACACAGGAAGUGGGGAAAGAAAAGGGAGGAGCAGAAGGGCAAAGCAAAGGCGUCGUGUUUCUCAUUUGGGGUGCACCUGCUGCAAAGACUCUAGCAGAGGCAGGUGUGACGGACAAAAACCCGAACAUCCUCAUCCUCAAAUCGCCUCAUCCAUCGCCUCUAUCCGCACACAGGGGCUUCUUGGGCAACGGCCACUUCAAAAAGGCAAACGAGUGGUUGAAGCAACGCUACGGACCAGCAGGUAUGAUCGAUUGGACCCAACUUUGA